CCAUCGCCGAACCCUGUGGCUCGGUGCCACUUCCUGAUGUACCUGAGCAGGUGAGGAGGAAGAGGAGAAGCAGAGCGUUUCUUCAUCACCGCCGCCACCAUUUGCGGCAUGAAAACAGCGGCGGGUUCGGGUUCGGCUCCAACAUAAGAGUGAGAAGCAGCAGAGGCUCAUCUAAAGGUUGCAGGGCAGCCAGUGGCCCUCCAGGUCUGGAGUUUGACCUUGUGCUUUAGGAUGACGGACUCUAUGAAAACUCAGCUGGUGAGCGCCAUCCAUCUGCAGCAGGUGGAACUGCAAGAAAAACCUACAGGCAACUCGCAGGGCGAUAACAGCAACAGCAACAAUGCUGCAGCAGAUGAGAAGUUCACUGUGGAGCAAGCUGUGGAAACCAUCGGCUUUGGGCGCUUCCACGUCCUGCUGUUUGUCAUCAUGGGCAGUGCCAAUAUUGUGGAAGCCAUGGAGAUUAUGCUGCUAGCUGUGGUUUCUCCAGAGAUUCGAUGCGAGUGGCGCUUGGAGGACUGGCAGGUCGCCCUCGUCUCCACGAUGGUGUUUGUUGGCUUCAUGGUUUGUGGAGUUUUGGCCGGUUACAUCGCUGACAGAUAUGGACGCUGGAAGGUUGUGUUUGGAGGUUAUGUGUGGAGCGCCUAUUUCUCUCUGCUCACGUCGUUUGCUCCAACGUACGGCUGGUUUAUCUUCCUGCGCAGCAUGGUGGGCUGCGGCGUUGCAGGAGUGUCUCAGGGGUUUGUGUUGAAGACAGAGUUCAUCCCUGCCAAAUAUCGAGCCUACCUGCUGCCUCUGGGCACUGUCUUCUGGAUGACCGGCUCCAUGCUCAUCAUCCUCCUCGGCAUGCUGGUGGUUCCCACUAUGGGCUGGAGAUGGAUGAUCCGGCUCUCCAUCACACCAAGCAUCAUCCUCAUCUUCCUCUUCAAGUUUAUUCCUGAGUCGGCCCGUUACAACGUGUCAGCAGGGAAAGUUGAUGCUGCCGUCAAAACCCUGCAGAGGAUCGCCAGAAUGAACCGAGCUUCUCUUCCUCCUGGCCGGCUGGUGGAGCCCGCUCUGAGGGAACGCGGCAGCUGGAGGAUUCUGCUCAGUCCCACCUUCAGGAGGACGUCCCUCCUGCUCUGGUACUCAUGGUUUGUGGCGUCCUUCGCGUACUACGGCUCGGUGCUGAGCAGCUCAGAGCUGCUGGAGAAAAACCUGCUGUGUGUGAUAAAUGCCGACGCAGAGCAUCAGGUCAAACACCGCCAUGAGAGUGGACUCUGCUACUGCAUCCCCUUUGGAAACAACGACUACCAGACGCUGCUCAUCAGCUCCCUGGGGGAAGUGGCAUUGGUUCCAUUGAACAUCGUCCUGCUCAACGUGUUUGGACGGAGGAUAAGUCUCACUGUGCUUCAACUGUUAACAGCUCUUCUGUUCAUGAUGGUCAACAUCUGCACAACAAUGUUCGGCUUCACUGUGCUGCUGUUCCUGCUGCGAUCUCUGGUCUCCAUGAACUUUAAUGUGGUUUACAUUUACACAGCUGAGGUCUACCCAACCAUAGCACGAUCUCUUGGGAUGGGUUUCUGCACCUCGUUCAGUCGGAUUGGAGGGAUGAUCGCUCCGUUUAUUGCACAGGUGCUCAUGUCGCGGUCUGUGAUUCAAGCUCUCACUCCGUUUGCGGUUGCUUGUGUCAUAUGUGCUCUGGGAAACUUCCUGUUGCCGAUAGAAACCAGAGGUCGAGCUUUGCUGCAAAACUCCUGAAGAUUUGCCUGCAGAGCUUCUAUUAGAUAUUUUUCUGCGUAUUACUGGACCUGGAAGUCUGGAAAGUUUCUGUUCAUAUUGUCAAAGAAACAUGAGUUUGUUGUUUUGCUUCAUAGUGGACUUGUUCACAUUUAAAUCAAUCCAGAGCUUCUUUUGUUAUGAAAUAUCGGAAGGAGAAACAGCUGUUACAGUCAACAUCCUGUAAAUCUGCAAAGAUUUUUCCUGACAGAUAAACUACUUUGUCUUGCUUUGGGUUGCCUGCUGUAACAAGUUUUUCAUUUCAGUCUCUUAAAUGCUCAAAAUAAAGCUGAUGAAUCCGGGUGAAGAGCGGCGUGUCAAUAUUGUGAAGACACUUUCAGACAUUUUAUCUAUAAUGUCUAGUUAAAAAUCUGAAAGAAAAUUCAUUAUACAAUUCACUUCUCUUGUCUUGUUUCAGAAACAAUACUGUUUCAAUUUUGUUUUGUUUUAUAAGUGCUUAUCAAAUCUUGUUUACUUUCAAAUGAAGCUGAAAUAAUGUCUGAGGAAAGAGACGUUUGGUUUAACCCACUGGAAUAACACUUCUCUGUGCAGCUGGUCCAUCACUGAAGGAGCUCUCCAGUUCAGCAACAGCUUCAUACUGGGACACAGUGUCCAACACUGGACCGGGACGCAGUGUCCAACACUGGACCGGGACGCAGUGUCCAACACUGGACCGGGACGCAGUGUCCAACACUGGACCGGGACGCAGUGUCCAACACUGGACUGGGACACACAGGUGGUUGGUGAAUGUUUUCGGUCUGUUCUGGGUGGAGUUGGCGGUUGUGGGUUUCUUGGUGCUGCUGCUGUAACGUCUUGGAUGGAUUGGUCUGAAAAUGGGGCGCUCAGUCUGCCAAUCACCCUCAACCGUCUGGACGGCAUUAAAUUGACCUCCAGUAAUAAAAUAAAGAACUUCUGUGUUAUUUUUGACCAGGAUGCAAAAUUGAAUCCCAUAACAAAGUUGUUUCUUUCAUCUCCAAAACAAUGCCAAGAUCAUAACCCAAGAUCAUAACCCAAGAUUAUAACCCAAGAUUAUAACCCAAGAUUAUAACCCAAGAUUAUAACCCAAGAUUAUAACCCAAGAUUAUAACCCAAGAUUAUAAACCAAGAUCAUAACCCAAGAUUAUAACCCAAGAUUAUAAACCAAGAUCAUAACCCAAGAUUAUAACCCAAGAUUAUAACCCAAGAUUAUAAACCAAGAUCAUAACCCAAGAUUAUAACCCAAGAUUAUAACCCAAGAUUAUAAACCAAGAUUAUAACCCAAGAU